CCCAAUACGACACGCGACAGCAGCACCUCGGUCUCUGCUGCUCGUCCUCCUCCUCCUCCUAGAGUUCUAGUAGUAGUCAUCCCUUCCUCUCCGCCACCGCUCUUCCUUGGCAGAUUGCUCUGACUUCGCUUCUGGCGUUAUCCUUCCUCCCUACUGCUCCUCCUCCUAGUAGCCAUCCUUUCCACUCCGCCGUGCGCGACACUGUCUAUCACCACCAUAGUCAUGCCGCAGCUCGAUCUGCUGCUCCCAAGCGCAGCCACCUCGUCCCCGACCCCGAGCUCCUUCUUCGUCGACGACCGAAUCCACGACCAGGACCCCGUCACCCCCCUACCUUCUUUCCCCCGUCAUCUCCCUCUUCCCUUCUUCUCUGUUUCUCCCGUUUACUCUCAUCUCCCUCUAUCUCUCUUCCUCUUUGUUACAGCCUUACAGGGAGGCCGCCAUGGACGCCCGGGGUCCUCCGCUCCGACCCUCGCUGUGGCGGCUCUGCCGACUUCGUCGCCUAAGUGAGCAGCAGCAGCACCGUGACGAAGACUACCAUGCCCGCUUCAGGAGCUUCGAGCCGACCCCCGCAACAUGGAGACCACCGCCGCCCUUCCGACAUCGAGAAUCGCCAGAUCCGGCCCGUCUCCGACCUACCUCGCCGUCCUUCGCCCGUUCCGACGUCUCCCCGGCGCUAGGAGCUCAGGCGAGCGCAGCCACAAGACCCUGACUUCUCUGCCCCAGAUCCCGCCAUGGUGGUCGUCGCCUCUCCGUCUCUAUCUGUCCAUCGCCGGAUCCACGCUGGUGUCCUCCAGGGACCCGCCAUGGAGGUUGCCGCCUCUCCCGUCUCGAUCCGUCCGCCGCCGGAUCGACGAGGGAGCAGCCGAGAUCCGCCGCCCAUUCCGCGACGCCUCGGCCGGCAGGAAGGCCAAAGGCCUCGCCAAGCAGCAGGAGGACUUGCGGCUAGGCUCGCCUGCCGCAAGCGCGCCCGCGAGCUCACCCCCGUGCCGGCCAAGGCCACCUUUGGUGACUUUCAUGUCCGCCGCGCUCUCGUACGCCUGCCGCGACGCCAGGGGCUUUUUUGCAAAAACGAAACGUUAUAUCAGGAACACACUGAAAAUAGGACUGCGGGUUUAUUUCGAAGAAACAGAGGGGCUUUCCCGACUCCGUGCUUUAUUAGUAUAUAUAGGGAAAGAUUUGUCCUAGUAUGUAUGUAAAUUGUGAAGAUCAAAUAUACCGGAGGGCCGCUGUUGGAGACGUGGCGUCCUAAAUUUUUUAGGUCUGCUGUUGGAGAUGAAUAUUUUGGAUAUAAUAAUAAUAAUAAUAAUAAUAAAAUCACUGUUUGAUACCUUAAAAUUUAUCAGUUUGUCUAAUUCACAUCUAGAUGUUUUUUAAUGAUAUCACAUCUAAACUUCCAUAAAUAACACAACAACAUGGAAUAAAAAACAUGGAGAAAAAAAAACCACAAACAUAGU